AAAAAACAUACGGCCAUAUUCAUCUUCAGACCAAACUAACAACUUCCUCUGAGUGAGUUAAGCUACAGGAGAGAAAAGUGGAAACCUACAACCUGCUGACACUCCACACACUGAAUCUUCACUCAGAGACGAAAUGGCUUCCAGGUCAGAGGAGAAUCUCUGCUGUUCGGUCUGCCGUGAUAUCUUUAGGGAUCCUGUUGUUCUGACAUGUAGCCACAGCUUCUGUAAAGACUGUCUGAGGGGCUGCUGGAGAGAGAAACCAACACAUGAGUGUCCACUUUGUAAGAGAAGAUCUUCAAGGGAUGAACCGCCUUCAAAUCUAGUGUUAAAGAACCUGUGUGAGGAGUUCUUACAGGAGAGAGCUUCAGAGCGUCUCUGCAGUCUGCACUCUGAGAAACUCAAACUCUUCUGUCUGGACCAUCAGGAACCAGUGUGUCACAUCUGCAGGGAUUCCGAAAAACACACUAACCACAGAUUCAGACCCAUAGAUGAGGCUGCACAACAGCACAAGAAGAAACUUAAGGAAACUUUGGAGCCCUUAAAGGAGAAGUUAAAGGUUUUUGAACAAGUUAAAGUGAAGUUUGAUCAAACAGCAAAUCACAUUAAGGUCCAGGCCCGACACACAGAGGGACAGAUUAAGGAGCAAUUUAAGAAGCUUCACCAGUUUCUAGAAGAGGAAGAGGAGGCCAGGAUGGCUGCACUGAGGGAGGAAGAGGAGCAGAACUGUCAGUCAAUGAAGGAAAAGUUGGAGGCUCUGUGCAGAGAGAUAGCUGCUCUUGCAGAAACAGUCAGAGCAGCAGAGGAGGAGCUGAGAGCUGAAGAUGUCUCAUUCCUGCAGAACUACAAGGCUGCAGUGGAACGAGUCCAGCAGCACCCCCUGCCAGAUGAUCCAGAGCUGCACUCAGGAGCUCUGAUAAAUGAGGCCAAGCACCUGGGCAACCUGACCUUCAACAUCUGGAACAAGAUGAAGGAGAUGGUCUCUUACACUCCUGUGAUUCUGGACUCAAACACUGCACAUCCAGAGCUCAUCCUGUCUGAAGAUCUGACCAGUGCGAGACUAGGAGAGAAGCAGCAGCUUCCUGAUAAUCCAGAGAGGAUUGCUGAGUACUCCUCUGUCCUGGGCUCUGAGGGCUUUAACUCAGGGACUCACAGCUGGGAAGUCAAAGUUGGAGACAUUACAUUCUGGUCACUGGGCCUGUUUGCAGAGUCUGCCAAGAGGAAGGGAGAAAUAUGGUCUGGAUUAUGGAGAAUAAUGUUCUACAAAGGUAUAUACACGGCACGCUCAAUACCAGAUCCACCCACUGUUCUCAAACUGCAGAAGAAGCUCCAGUGGAUCAGUGUGAAUCUGGACUGGGACAGAGGGAAGCUGUCAUUCUCUGACCCUGAUACAAACACACACAUACACACCUUCACACACACUUUCACUGAGAGGAUGUUUCCAUUUAUUAACAGUGUGGAUGAAGUGAAGAUAUUACCACAGAGGGUCUGUGUGACGGUGGGACAGAGAAGUUAGAGAUAAAGAGGAUGAUCAUAUUUAUGAGGUUAAUUUCUUUUAAAGGGAAAAGUCGAUGAAUUAACCUGUUAAUCUGCACCUGUCCUCCUGCUGUCUCGUUUUUCUAAAGAUAUGUUUGUUUUUGUUUUAUUUAUUUUUAUUUUAUUUUGUUGUUAGUUUGACAGUUUGCUUUUUGUUUCCAUUGAUGACCUUUUUAUUUGUAAAAUUAUUCCACUUUGUUUGAGAUCUUUUGGUUUCUGUAGUAUUUCCUUUCUUUAUCAGUGCCGUUUCAUUUGAAAUUGUUCAUUUUUGAUUAUUUUGACUUGUCUGUGUCGAGCUACAAAGACCGACAACCACUUUGUAGAGGCUGAUGGGAUCCAAAUAAGGAAAAAAAAAAAAGAAUCAGUUUAUCAAUAAUUUGUCAAAAGGCAGCAUGGUGGUGCAGUGGUUAGCACUGUCGCCUCACAGCAAGAGGGUCCUUGGUACGAACCCAGGCUUCUGUGCGGAGUUUGCAUGUUCUCCCCAUGUCAGCGUGGGUACUCCAGCUUCCUCCCACAGUCCAAAGACAUGCAGGUCGGUGACUCUAAAUUGGCCGUAGGGGUGCCUGUGAGCAUGAAUGAUCAUCUGUCUCUAUCUGGCGACCUGUCCAGGGUGUACCCAGCCUCUCACCCAAUGUCAGCUGGGAUAGGCUCCAGCCCCCCCGUGGAUGGACAUAAUCAGGGAAAUCUUUCUAAUGGAAAAGAUGACUUUUUCUCUGAGGUGUGGAGGAGCAAUAUUCUUCAGCAAAUGGGAGAAGUGGACUGUAUUCUUUUCCAAAGCAAUGGACGCAGCCUCACGAUGAAUGUCUGGAUAAUGAAAGAACACUUAGCAUGUGGACUUAUGAACACUCAACCCGUGUGGCCCCACACAGUGUUUAUGUUGUUAUGGUUUGUCUAAACAUUUAAAAAUACUUUAGAUAAAGAGUUAUGAAAAAUAUAUUCCAAACCUUACAAUCAAAGUUUAAUAAAAUGAAAUGUUUACGUUUUAUACAAUGAAUACAUAUGAAGUUAUCCAAAACAUAUGUACAGUUUUGUAUUUGAUGAAGAGAAGAUGAUCUUGUCUGUGAAAGUGUUUCAUUCAGUUUCCAUCUCUUGAAUCUGCUGUUUUGGGGUUUUUUUUGGGUUUUUUUAAAAAACACUUUAUUGUGAUAGUGUGAAAAGGGCAAGAUGAGGGUGAGCUGCAGCCAAGGGCCCUGGGACAGACUUGGACCUAGGCCAUCGCCGUGAGAAUGGUACACAAUCUGCCUGGUGAGUGAGUGAGGCACCUCUGCUGUCAUUUAGUCAGACAACUUUUAAGGCAGUCAUCUUUGCUUUCAGGUGGAUGUCUCAGUUUUGGUUUAGACUUCAUGUCAUGUCGCUGAUUUCAAA